AUGGGAUCUCCGAGGAAAGAUUGUGGAAAUUACAGCGACGACGAAAGUGCUAGCCCUCCGACUGUCAGGACGCGUCUAUCGCAAGUCACAUUCAAGGCUGCGCCGGCAAUACAUUUGGAGCCGCCACCGCGAUUUGAAGCUGGAACAAGUUUGACACUAUGGCAGACGAAGAUGCAAAGCUUCCUGCGUCGAGUGCCGACAGAAGAACACAGUCCGUGUAUCCUGGAUCGUUUAAGUGAUCACAUACAAGAAUUACUGAUCAACGAGAACGUGAACGAAGACUCCCCCCCAGAGUCCAUAUGGAACAGCUUUUGGGAAUUGUUUCCAGGUCAGGUCAACCACCCCUCCCUCCGACACCAAUACUGGCGAAGAGACCAAAGACCGGGGGAGUCGGCGGAACAACAUGCGAAUGAAUUAAGAACACUGGUCAGUCGAGGGUUUCCAGAGAAGUCCAAGGAAGUCCAAAGGGAGUUUGCUCUCGAGCGGUUCCGAGAGGGAAUGCUGAAUCCCGUUGCCAAGCGUGAGCUCCAGGGGCGAGCCCCACCACGCGAGCAACUCGCGGGUCAACGGCCCCAGAUUCGAAGCACGAGUCCCCUGGCGCACCAAACCCCAGAGAUACGGUGGAACGGCCCGCAGGUGGCAACAACAGGAACCAAGCGAGUCAUCAUUGCGUUCUGUUUAUUCGCCGAUUAUACGUGGACCAAUGGAAUCACAGUGUUUUCCCCUACUCCUUACUGUUGGUCUCAGAGUCUUAUUGACGUAGAUCAGUGUCAGAUUCGUGAGCUAAGCCGAGACGGCCCUCGAGUGAAAGCCGUCAAUGGGUCUCCUCUCCAAACCUGGGGCUGUCUGGAUGUCGAAUUGCAGAUGGCGGGGACCAAGGUCAAGCAUUUCAUGGUGGUCGCCUCGAAACUGCCAUGGAAGAUGAUAUUGGGAAUUGAUUUUCUACGCCAUUUUGAAAUAUGCCUCGUCCUGAGUAAGAACAUUCUAACCUUCGACGGGAAAAAAUUCACAUGGGAUCAGGAAAGGAAGCGAGGAGAAUUGGGCACUGGAACUUUUCNCACCGUGGAUCUCCCUGGCCAGGUGUCGCACAUGGUAGAGACUACCAGGGAACUAUUGAGCGAAAAACAUCAAGGGAGAUUGAAGGCGAUGAUAGACGGCCGCAAAUCGGUGUUUGCCUGGGACGGUGUACCUUUGGGUCGUACCUAA